AUGACAGAGAACAAUAAGGACCACAAUUGUGAUCCCGAAAAUCAUAGUGACUUACAAGAUAUACAAGGAAACUAUUUACCAAAGGAUUUGGCUCGUAAUAAUUCUACUGUCUCGAAUUCUUCCUCCUUAUCCACACAAGAAGAUUCUUUAAAUGAGCACGUUAAUUUAGCAAUAGACAAUGCUAGAAAAACCAUAGUUACUUUAAAACCAAAUCAAACCACGAUGAUAAGUCCAGAAUCUAAUGGGAAUGGUGAAAAAGAAACUGAGUCUUUAAACGGUGACCCGAAUGAUGUCUCUUCAACUUUGGAAAGUUUAAUGAGUGCACUAUCUAAAUCACAAGAACGCGUCAAGCAGCUAACGUUAAAAAAUAUGCUUCUCGUGAAGAACUUACAUGAACUGCAGAGUGGCUUCCAAGUGGAACAAACUUUAGCUAAACAACAAUUCGAAAGUAUGAAGUAUAACUUAAUAUUACAGAAAACAGAGUUGCAAAAGCAAUUAGAACACAGUUCGGUAAAGAUCACAAAGUACAGGGAAACCAUCAUGUCCAAGAAUAAAGAGAUCAACCGUUUAUCAAGAUUAUUGAACCAAAAUCAGGCAUACAAUUCAAGGCUGUCAAGGCCAAACUCAAUGCCAUCUGCUCAUGUGAGAAAACCUCCAUAUGGUUCGCGACAACUCCACACCUCUGAUUCAAAUAUGCUCAAUACCCUUGGUAUUCUUGCUACAAAAGUAUUGAAGGAGGAACAAAAUCCAGCAGGACGUGUUGGUACAUCUAUAGGCACAUCUGCUAUUGUCGAAGAGAAACUAGAAAAUCCAGAUAAUACUGAAUCUGACAUUUCGCAUGACGGCACCCAACUGAUGGCAAACCAAAGCCAACAAUCACAGAUUAUUCACAGUCCUCAAACACCAGUAGACACAACACCAGCACCAACAAUCCCAGCAAUACAACCUUUGCCAGCUUUGCGAAAUGUGUCGGAUAUCAAAGCUGAACCCAAACUUUCUACCAUGGCUCCGAAAGUAGACAAUACCGAGUUACCAACUCUACAGUUAAAUAGGCCUCCAUUACCAAACGGAACAGCACUGCCGAAGUUGCGCAGUUUCAAUACAGCGGAUGGUACAGUUAAAGACAUUUUCUAA